GAGCCCAUAUAGCUCCGUGCAGCGCCGCCGCCCCCUUUUCCUUUCCGCCCCCCCGGCUAUGACCCUGCGGAGGCUCCGGAGGCUCCGGCCGGGGCAGCCCGACCCAGAGGCAGCGGCGGCGGCGGCGUCGAGUGUGGCGGGCGCCGGUGUUCUCGGCGGCCGAGCGUCGGAGCUGGAGCUGGAAAGGGCGCUGGCGGCCUCGGGGGGCACCUUGCCCCGAGCCCGGAGGGUGAGUGAGAGCCUGGGCUGCUGCCGCCCUCUCUGCACGGACGGGGCUGGACCCGAGACCCGUGUCGCGCCAACACGCGCCGCGUUCCCACGAGACGCGCUCCCCGCCGCCCUAAGCCAACAGACCCCAGUCCUAGGGCGGGUCCCAUCCGGACCCUAAUAAUACGCCUCUGCCGCCUCCCACCCACCCCAUCACUUUCCCCCGACGAGGAUCGGGGCAGGAAUGAAUGACACCCGCCCGGGAUUGCCCGCUUCAACUCCACGGGAGAUGGAAAAACACGAGGGGACGUCGCCCCCCUCCUGCGCCUCUUCCCGGCUGCCUUUCUUGGAGACGUUUCCUUCCUUCCACCUCCUCCCAGCCAUGCUUUCCCCUCGGUCCCCCCCCCCCCAUCUCGGAUGCGCGUCCCCGAGAUCAAAGUCCUUCUUAAAUCCUCCCGUGCAUCCUUGGAGCACCUGCGAGGCGCGCUUCCAGUCCGCGAUGGGGGGCGAAGUGGGAAUCGGGGUGCUCCUGGGUCGGGACUCCCUGGUGAGGAAGGAGAGACGAGGUCUCUUGACACGGAUUUUCCCCUUGUCGCCUCCUUCUGCUUGGGCGACGCGAGGGACAAAAGGAAUGUUGCUGGCGCUGGUUUGCUUGCCCCACGUGGCUCACCUGGGAGUUGGAAAGGGACCCCGAGGGUCAUCUAUCCCAGCCCCCCUGCAAUUGCAGGAAUCAUCUUCUCCUAAGUUGCCAUUUGUGGGGACAGUCGAACUCCCUUCCGGGCUCUGCGCAUUGUUGCCCCAAAAGGAUAGUUUGUUUGUUUGUUUUUCUCACUCUUGUGGACUACUGUACUUAUUUAGUUCAGGUGGUUUUUAGUGCCUGUUCUAUAUAAAUGAACAGCGUUUCUUGACCAACAAGGUGGUUGUGAGUACAAUGGUACCUCGGGUUGAGUACUUAAUUCAUUCCGGAGGUCCGUUCUUAACCUGAAACUGUUCUUAACCUGAAGCACCACUUUAGCUAAUGGGGCCUCCUGCUGCUGCCACACCACCGGAGCACAAUUUCUGUUCUCAUCCUGAAGCAAAGUUCUUUACCCAAGGUAAUAUUUCUGGGUUAGCGGAGUCUUUAACCUGAAGCGUAUGUAACCUGAAGCAUAUGUAACCCGAGGUACCACUGUACAAGUAAAAUGCAAACACAACUUGUGGCUUUUGGUGCUAUGCAGACGGAAUUAGUGGCUGCUAUCUGAAGCUGGUGAUGCAGCCGUUGGACCUCCCAAAAUCUUUUUACCAGGAGAGAGAGAAAGAAGAGACUCUCCUUUUACAGGGGUUCUUUUGAUGUGUUUGCAUGUGUGUCAAUCUAUGACCCGCUGGGUUCUUCAGAUAUUUAUUGGACUCCACCUCCCAUCAUCCUUGGCUGGUUGGGGCUGAUGGGACUUGGGAUUGCAGCUGCAUUUGGAGACCACCACAUUCACUAUCCCUUGUAUAUGGGGUGUGCUUUUUUUGUCCCAGACAACGCUUCUUUGCAUGGGGCAUGUGGGGAUGCAACUUAGAGCCACUCCUGGCUGGGAUAUCCAUUCACCUUUCAAAAUGCCACCUACGUUCUGUCCCACAAAUGUUCCCAAGAGACUCCAUGCAAAAAUGCACCUCAUAUUUAAUACCUAGAAGACAGUAUUAUUGAGCUCACUGGUAUUUUUAUUUGUGUGUUUAACGUGGAACAUGGACAUCUGGGUUAGACAGUUGUGGUGUUUGGGCACUUCCAAAGCUUGCAUGGGAUGUUUCCUUAUCUGAAGGGAACCUAUUGAGAAGUGGCAGUAGGGCGAGGAAAUGAUGGCAGUAUUCAUUCAGCAAUUUCUCCCUUUCAAACUUUGUGGUCCUCGUUCCGUUUCCUGCUUCUAGAGGUACAUGCUUGGGUUCCUUGGAAAGCUACAGCAACUUGAGAGAGGGAGAAUUGAUGCAACUAUGACUUCUAAGUUGCAGGUGUACCGUGGUCUGUGUAGAGUGUGCAAGGCUUAGCAGUUUUGGGAAAUUAAAUGUGAUCAGAAAUCUCUGGCCAAGGAGCCAUAUAAGCUUGAGGUGCCCACUAUCUAUUCACAGGCAGAUCGAACCCUGCUGAUCACCGAUUACUUGAUCCCAGCAUCUUGGGGUGAUUACUUGAACAGUAUUUCAUUAGAGGGUUAUCCAUUAGCUAAUGAGAAGUGUGAUGAUUUGUGAGGCGCUCUGAGAUCCAUGGAUGAAGAGUGGCAAAUUUAAUAAAUAAAUAAAAAUAAUAUAUGGUUACGCUGUUUUUCCAACCACAGAGUAAAGACACCCUGAUUCUCCUCCUAUAGCAAGGACUUGCUUCUCUCUCAUCUGUAUAUGGACUUAUCCCUUGUUUUCCUGCGUUUCAAUGACUGUCAUCUGCUUCCGUAGUCUGUGUGGCUACAUCUGCUCUAACUUUCUUUUGUACUGUACUCCAUUUCUACCCCAUGUGAAUAUGCCUUAGAUCAGUCUUCCCCAAUGUGCUGCUCUCCAGAUGUGUUUAGACUACAACAUGGGUAGGCAAACUAAGGUCCAGGGGGCGGAUCCGGCCCAAUCAACUUCUAAAUCCGGCCCACGGACGGUCCAGGAAUCAGUGUGUUUUUACAUGAGUAGAAUGUGUUCUUUUAUUUAAAAUGCAUCUCUGGGUUAUUUGUGGGGCAUAGGAAUUUGUGCUCCCCCCAAAAAAAAUAUAGUCUUGGCCCCCCACAGGGUCUGAGGGACAGUGGACCGGCCCCCUGCUGAAAAAUUUUGCUGACCCCUGGACUACAACUCUCACCAGCCCCUGGCAUCUGGAGAUUGGGUUAGAGGGUUGGAAGAGACCCAAUUUCGCAUCUCCAUUCUGCCACAAAACUCAAUCGGUGAUCUCAAGUCGGUUAACAUCUGUCUGUCCAACCCAACUCACAAGGUUGUUGUGAAAAUAAAACUGGUUAGAAAAAGCUGCAGAGGUCACAUACGUUCAAAACAUUUACAGUGGUACCUCAGGUUAAGUACUUGAAUCGUUCCGGAGGCCUGUACUUAACCUGAAACUGUUCUUAACCUGAAGCACCACUUUAGCUUAUGGGGCCUCCCGCUGCUGCCGCGCUGCUGGAGCACGAUUUCUGUACCUGUAACCUGAGGUGCCACUUUUUACGGUCAUGGCUCCCCCAAAGAAUCCUGUCUACAGUAGCUUACCCCUGGCAGAGCCACAAUUCCCAGCACCCGUCUCAAACUACAGUUCCCAGGAUUUCUUAGAUUCAUGGUUCUAACGGUGGUGUAAAAGUGCUUUAAAUGUGUGGAGAAAAUGUGCCCGUACGCUGCCCUGAGCUACCUGGAGGAAGGCUGUUAUUUUAAAACUCUUCAUUUCACCCCCCACACCUGGAAUAUUCGUUGCUCCUGCUUGAUCUUCCAGAAAGCAAUUAAACCAACCGGCAAACUGCAAAGUCGCUAGCGCCUUUUCUCAUAGCUUUUCUGCUGCGUUCUCGAAGCAGCUUCUGAACUUUGCAGCAGCAACUAAAUCUGAACUGAAGUCGGUCCCGUUGGCAAAAUACAAAGCCUGUACAUCUGGUACUCGCGCCACGAGCUCCGCAGUCGCAUGCAAUAUGGUUUUCAACCGCAUAUGUUGCUUCAGGCAAGUCGUCGGGCUCCUGUGGUAAACUCUGUCUGGCGGGAUUGCAGUUAAAAGUGGCUUAACACUAGACUCUUCCCCCCCCCCCCCCCGAAGCUGCUGAGCAGCUUAGCUUGUUGACCAGGGCAAUUUGCAGAUUCGGUGCUUUUUCAGUGUAAGAAAAGUUGGCAACUGGCGAAUGCCCAGGCCAGAGGUUUGCCAAAACUGAUGUAGGGGUAAUCCCAGCGUAUCUACAAAAUAUGUCCAGGUCUCCUACGACCUUUUCGGAGGGAUUGGAAGUCCGAGUGAAGGAAAAAGCAGAGAACGUCAAAUGCUGCUUGUGUCCAGCAUAUUUGACUUACCCUCCUACCCUCAUCGUACACACAAAUAAUAAUCAAUUUUUUCUGGAAAAACACAAAAGUUAUUCCAGUUAAGCUAGAUAACCACUUGGAUCACCGGCUUAUGGAAGAAAGGGAACAAUUGCCAACAAAAUUAGUAGGCUAAAUUCCUGGGACCUUAGUUUGGUCAAGAUCUCCCGAUAAAAUAUGAGUACUUGGCAUUUUUGAGAUGCAUCACUACAAUGAUUCACUGAUCAAAAGAGCCCUAGCAGUACAAUAAGGCUCUAAUAGGGCAAUACGGCAUCAGGAAAAGUAGGGUAUUUUGUCUCUGUAUGUCCCAGGAGCUCUGCCUUCCCCAUCUGCAUUUGGAAACUGAAAGGCCAAGGAAAAGCAAUGUUGGAAGCGAGUGCAAUUUGUGAUCAUGGAGCAGCGUCAUGACUGAUCACAGGGCAGGUCUGUUAAAGCACCCAACUUCGCUUUUAAUUUCUUGCUUUUCUUGAGCAGGUGCCAAGAGGAGAGAACCGUAGCCAGUCUUAAAAGGCAGGGUGUUUUUAUUUAUUUAAUGAAUUCUUCUGGUUUUUGAGAAGGAGAGUUAUUAAAAUAGCAGGUUCUAUUAAUGGUCUAUGUGUGCAGGGUUGCCAGGUGGGGUAGUUGAUUAGGGUUGCAGCAGGGAUUUGCAGGCUGUGCUGAGUGGGGCGUUUGUGAUGGUGUGUAUGAAAUGCAGUGGAGUGGGGGUUGCAGUCACGUGUGGCGGGGUGUGUUUUUCGGGUAUCGAGUGUGAGGCAGAUAGGGUUCAGAAGGAGAAUAGGGUAUACAGGAGGCAGUAUUCGAAAUUAAACAGGAGCCAGGCACAUUUUGCACCUGGCUAUCGGCCAGGGACACGGGUGGCACUGUGGGUUAAACCACAGAGCCUAGGGCUUGCCGAUCAGAAGGUUGGCAGUUCGAAUCCCCAUGACAGGGUGAGCUCCCGUUGCUCGGUCCCUGCUCCUGCCAACCUAGCAGUUCGAAAGCACGUCAAAGUGCAAGUAGAUAAAUAGGUACCACUCCAGCGGGAAGGUAAACGGCGUUUCCGUGUGCUGCUCUAGUUCGCCAGAAGCGGCUUAGUCAUCCUGGCCACAUGACCUGGAAGCUGUACGCCGGCUCCCUCGGCCAAUAAAGCGAGAUGAGCACCGCAACCCCAGAGUCAUCCGCGACUGGACCUAAGACUCAGGGGUCCCUUUACCUUUACCUGUCUGCCACUUGAGAGCAAGUAAAGAUAUCUGGGCACCAGGAUGGUGCCUGAUAUCUCCACCAUCUGGGGAUCAGUGGAUCUUGACUGUUUCUCCACGCUAAUACCAUAUCCUGUGGAAUUCCAUCAGUUCUAUUUUAUCUGUACAAUCAGAAGGAAUUUCAGGAACCGAAAUGCUUUUUCUGUGCAGCCUGAGCAGGAGCAGUGAACAACAUUUAUAGUUAAAUCUCCACCCCCAUCGUUUAGCCCGGAGAUCCAGCGCCGAGGGCCUUCUGGCGGUUCCCUCAUUGCGAGAAGUGAGGUUACAGGGAACCAGACAGAGGGCCUUCUCCGUAGUGGCGCCCACCCUGUGAAGCAACCUCCCUUCAGAUGUGAAGGAAAUAAGCAGCUAUCCUAUCUUUAAAAGACAUCUGAAGGCAGCCCUGUUCAGGGAAGUUUUUAAUAUUUAAUGCUGUAUUGUUUUUAACAUGUGAUUGGGAGCCACCCAGAGUGGCUGGGGAAACUCAGCCAGAUGGGCGGGGUAUAAAUAAAUUAUUAUUAUUAUUAUUAUUAUUAUUAUUAUUAUUAUUAAAUGUUGUAGGUUCUCUUACCCCACCCCACGGCCCUGCUCACAGUUAUGAAGAAUAUUCUUUAUGAAUGGUCCGUGUCACCGUUCAGAAAAAGAGGUCGGAAUAGGCCAAUAUCUAUGUCGACUGUCCCUGGAUCAAGUGACUUUCCUUCUUUAAGUUCUCAAAGUUCUUUAACCUAGCUCAAGGUUCUCGCCUAAACCAGCCAGAUCUUUAACUGACAAUCCAUCACAUUCAGUCCAUCAUUUGAAAAAUAAGACUUUAGAGCCAUCUUGCCCCAAAAUGGCAACUAGACAUUUCAUUUUGGCAACUUUAACCCUGGUUAAAGGAGCCAUUUGGCACCAAGCUUAUAUAUCUGAGUUUAUAACACUGGUAGUGAGACUGGAGUAGGUUUCCAAAGGUGAUCUCAGGCCCAAAAAUAUUGGCAAGCCCUCAUUUAAUCACUGCGCCACACUGGCAUACUUCAUAACCGAAGGAAUAGGCACUGCAUGCGCUCUCUCCGCAAACAUGGUGGUCCUGGCAAAAUCUUCACUUCAAACCCAGAGCUAUGUACUUAUUUUUCCAGUACAGUGGUACCUCGGUUUAAGAACAGUCCAGUUUAAGAACGAUUUGGUUUACAAACUCUGCAAAACUGGAAAUAGUGUCUUGGUUUGAGAACUUUACCUUCGUCCAAGAACGGAAUCCAAACGGGGGAAGGGCACUGGUGGCGGGAGGCCUUAUUAGGGAAAGCGUGCCUUGGUUUAAGAAUGGUUUCAGUUUAAGAAUGGUCUUCCGGAACGGAUUAAGUUCGUAAACCGAGUACCACUAUACUUACUGCCAUAGACUUUAACAGAGCUGGAAAACCUUAACUUUUGAACCGCUGCUCAAAAUUUCAUCCAGUUUCUUUCCUUGAGAGGCCUGAAUAAGAGUCACAAUGGUUUCACCAAAAUGGGAAGUAAAUAAAUGAUCCGGCUAUUUUUAAAAUGGGAGGUGGAAGCCUCAGUUUCAGACCUUCUUUAUAUUGCUGAACCUCUGCCAGUUCUUACUGGAUCAGUUUGAAACUUUCCUGCAUCCGCAGACCCCAUCGGGUUGAUCAGCAGUGCCAAGUUUCAACAUAUUAGUUCAACAGGUGCCAUUUUUAAAUAAAGUAUAAGAGUUUUGGGUCUUAUGGUGGCAAAGCUUCCUUUUUGCAAAAAAAUUUCCAAGCCUUCUCCCAUCCCCCUGUAAAACCUUUGAUGCCCUCAUUACCGGAUCCCAGACCCGGCUUUGGCGUGGCUCCUUCAGGGCUGAAUUACUAAAGCACAAAGUAUGCGUGUACCACAUCAGUUGCAAAAAGGGACGCCUGCCUGUUUCCUUUUCCUCUUUAAAGUUCACAGGCACAAGGCCCUUCUCAUGCUUUGCUCACUGCUCCUGUGUGUUUUUUAAAAGGUUAAAAGUUGCCUGAAGAGCAUUCUGUUGUAUGGAAAAAAAACCUCACAUUGCUGCUUUAACUUGUGUCCCAUACCACAUUCAGGUCCGUUCCCGGAUUUAAAUUAAAUUUUAAAAGUCCCUUUAAGUUUUUUCCGCUUUUUGUGAGGUGUUUGUUGUCCAAAAUCCCUUCAUUUAACCACCUCCUCUGUGGAGUUUUCCCUUCUCUCAGUUCCACUAACACAGGAUUGUGGUCUGAAAGUGACCUAGGCGGUAUCAGUUUUCUUCAUCCUCAAUGAUAAAUCACUGGAUGUCCAUAUCAAGUCGAUUCUUCCGGCAGACUGAUUGUGGCGCUGAGAAAAAAGCGAAUUCUCUGUCCAGUGGGUGUUUAAACCUCCACAAUGUCAAUCAAAUUAUAGUCUCCCUUCCUUAUUUUCAGUUUUCCUUAUUGUCCUAUCUAUUUCUAGGGAGACUACCCCCAUUAGUAUCUCCAAGUAGAAUUAUCUUCUGGUCCAUGAAUUCAAACAUUCUUUCUUCUAAUGUUUUAUAAAAUUCCGACUACAUUUGGUGCAUACAUUUCUCACUUUGUGUGAUACCCGGGGGAUGUUUCCAUUGAUAUUCUGGCGCAUGUGCGCCUGCAUGGAUAUCCAUGCUCAAGUUCAACAUGAAAAGCAUCUUAUAGACCACCUGGAAAAACCCCUUUCCCAACAACCCCUUUUCCCCUCUAAGGAAAGUUAUUGUGAUGUGUCUUUUACUGGAAAUUCUUUAAAAAGAAAAGGCUAGCUGAUUUUCACCUGGACUUGCUGUUUAAGAACCCACAGGUCCUCACCAAACAUCAUCAUUAACAUCAUAGAGUUGGAAGAGACUCAAGGGCCUAGUCCAAACCCCCACAAAUGCAGGAAUCUCGGCUAAAGCAUCCAUGCCAAAUGGCCAUUGAACCUCUGCUUUAAAACCUCUGAGGAAGGAGAGUCAACAGCCUCUCGUGGGAGUCUGCUCUACUACUGGUUUUCUGAACGUUUAGUCAGAAUCUCCUCUCCAGAAACUUGAAGCCAUUGGUUCGAGUCCUACCCUCCAGAGCAGGAGAAAACAAGCAUGUUCCCUCUUCCUCGUGACAGCUCUUAAGAUAUUUGAAGAUGGCUAUCAUAUCUCCUAUCAGUUUCCUCUUUUCCAGGCUAAGCAUACCCAGCUCCUUCAAGCGCUCCUCAUAAGACUUAGUUUCCAGAUUAUUAUUAUUAUUAUUAUUAUUAUUAUUAUUACCCUGCCCAACUGGCUGAGUUUCCCCAGCCACUCUGGUCGGCUCCCAGCGGAAUAUUAAUAAUAAUAAUAAUAAAGCGAUAAAACAUAAUAAUAAUAAUACAGUCAUACUUCAGGUUACAGACGCUUCAGGUUGCGUUUUUUCAGGUUGCGGACCGCCGCAACCUGGAAGUACUGAAGCGGGUUACUUCCGGGUUUCGGCGGUUGUGCAUGCGUAGAAGUGCUAAAUCGUGCUUUGCGCAUGCACGGAAACACCGAAUCACAGUGUGCGCAAAUGCGCCGCUGCAGGUUGCGGAUGCUGCAAGUUGCGAACAUGCAUCCCGCAUGGAUCACGUUCGCAACCUAAGCAUCCACUGUAAUAAUAAUAAUAAUAAUAAUAUAUCCUGCCAAUCUGGCUGGGUUUCCAGCACAUAUAAAAACAUAAUAAGGCGUCAGACAUUAAAAACUGCCGUGUAGUUAUUUAUCUCCUUGACAUCUGAUGGGAGGCUGUAGGGUGCCACUACUGAGAAGGCCCACUGCAAUGAACAAUUGGACCACUUUAACUGUCCAAAGAAUCCUGAGAACUGUAGUUUAUGGGCACUGGGAAUUGUAGCUCUGUGAUGAACCAGGUUUUUUUUGCAAGCAGGGAGCCAUGACUGUUAAAGUCAUGUAAAUGUGCUUUCAAUGCAUGGUGCGGGGGUAGCCUCUAAGCCAGGGGUCCCCAACCUGUGGCCCAUGGGCCACAAGCGGUCCACAGAGGCCAUUUAACUGAGCCGCCCACUCAGUGAGUCCCCACACGCUGCACUAAACCGGCACAGUGCGGUGCAGAGACUCCAGAAAUUGCAUUUGCGCAUGUCUACGGUGCCGGAAAUCGCUUGUGUGCAUGUCCAGGCACCGGAAAUUGCUUCUGCGCAUGCCCAGAUGCCAUAAAUUGCUUCCGGGCAUGUCCGCGGUGCCGGAAAUCGCUUCUGUGCGUGCCCAGACGCUGGAAAUUGCUUCUGCGCAUGCCCAGACACCGGACAUCACUUCUGCCAUGUUCACGGCGCCGGACAUCGCUUCUGUGCAUGUUCACGGCGCCGGAAAUCGCUUCUGCGCAUGCCCAGACGCUGGACAUCGCUUCUGCGCAUCUUCAUGGUGCCGGAAAUCACUUCUGUGCAUGUCUGUGGCACCGGAAAUCACUUCUGUGCAUGCCCAGACGUCGGACAUCGCUUAUGCGCAUGUUCACAGUGCCGGAAAUCGCUUCUGCGCAUGCCCAGACGCCGGACAUUGCUUCUGCGCAUGUUCACGGCGCUGGAAAUCGCUUCUGCGCAUGCCCAGAUGCCGGAAAUUGCUUCUGUGCAGAGAGAUCCUCCGAGGGCCGGACAGGCACAGUGCGCCACCAGAAAUCGCGUCUGUGCAUGUCCACGGCGCCAGAAAUCACUUCUGCGCAGGCACGAUUUACGGCAUCUGGGCAUGCGCAGAAGCGAUUUCUGGCGCCAUGGACAUGCACAGACGCGAUUUCCGGUGACGCACUGUGCCUGUCCGGCCCUCGGAGGAUCUCCGCAGGAGUGAUCCGGCCCCUGCCCGGUAAGCCUUGCCUACCCCUGCUCUGAGCUGUAGCGUAAAUAUAGCCCCUCAGAGGUAAUUUGGCCUCCAAGUGCUACGUCUCUGAGCCGAAGUUUGUGUUGGUUGCGGCAACAGUUGGGGGAAAUAAGGACUCAUUUCCUGUGCAGCUCUGCACAUCCCAUAAUAGUAUCCUGUGGCUAUGGCAGCCUGUUACUGCACGCAGAGAUAACAGCUGCUGAAAGGAACUUUGAAUGCUGCGAGCUAUUGUACAAAUGGGCUUGAGCUCCGGAGAAACUGUCUAGAAAUAAGUUCCGUUAAACGAGUUAUACAAUUUGUUGCUUUUAAUAGGGGGGCGGGAGACGGAGCGGGGGCCCAACUGCUGCGGGGGGAAUGACGUCAGUGCAAAAAAAAAAAGCGCCCCCCCCAACACCUUGACAUCACUGUUUUUCAGAACAGGAAUGACAUAAGUGUAAAGAAGCAGAACAAUUGUGUCAGGGACUUGUGUGGUGGCGGCUAAUUUGCGAAGUUGUUUCAAAACAAGCUUCAGAAACUGUUCUGAGGUUGGGAGCAGAACUGUGGAAGUUUUUUCAAUUGCUCCUGAAAAAAGCUUUAAAAAUAACCAACAAUAAUGAAUCCCCAAAGCAGAAAUUUGUGUACUUUCCUUCUUUUUUCUUUUUUCCAUUUUGCGCAAUUUCUGUACAGUGGUGCCUCGCAAGACGAAAUUAAUCCGUUCCGCGAGUCUCUUCGUCUUGCGGGUUUUUUGUCUUGCGAAGCAUGGCUAUUAGCGGCUAUUAGCGGCUUAGCAGCUCUUAGCGGCUUAGCGGCUAUUAACGGUUUAGCGGCUUUAAGAAAAAGGAAACAAACUCGCAAGAACUCGCAAGACGUUUCGUCUUGCGAAGCACGCCCAUAGGGAAAUUCGUCUUGCGGAACGACUCCAAAAACGGAAAACUCUUUCGUCUAGCGAGUUUUUAGUCUUGCGAGGCAUUUGUCUUGCGGGGCACCACUGUAUCAAGUUGUAUGGAUGCUCUAUUAAAACCCACCUGGUUUGUUGCUGGUUCUACCUCUGGGGUGAAUCCGGAGGCAAAGAAUUAUUCGUAUUUUGCGGCAUUCCACGUACAUCUGCGUCCUUCAGAUGUCCAAUAGCUGAACUCUGUUUCCUUCAGAGUUAAAAUGGGAGAGAUGGGCUUCACUAUUGCACCCCAAACAGCCAGAUUCAAGGGCGCUGAAUUCUUAUUAUCUCUCCUCAAAAGGAGUGCGAAGUGUGCAUUUUUACAGUUCUCAACACACCUCCUGAUUAGGAGGAGGAAACUUCAUAGCAGCCAUUCCUGCCGAUAUCUCAGUAAUAAUAAUAAUAACAAUAAUAAUAAUAAUAUAUUACAGUGGUACCUCUGGAUGCGAAUGGGAUUCGUUCUGGAGCCCCGUUCGCAUCAUGAGCAGAACGCAACCCACGUAUGCGUGCGUCAAGAUUCGCUGUGCAUGCGCAUGACGUCAUUCUGAGCGUCUGCGCAUGCGCGAGCGGCGAAACCCAAAAGUAACCCAUUCCGUUACUUCCGGGUCGCCGCGGGACGCAACCUGAAAAGAUUUAACCCGAAGCGACUUUAACCCGAGGUAUGAUUGUAUUUUAAUGAACCUUUUAAUGAACCUUUUAAAGAGGGUAAAAGAGGAGAGCUCAAAAUAUGGUCUGAAGCUCAACAUCAAAAAUACGAAGAUCAUGGCCACUGGGCCCAUCACCUCCUGGCAAAUAGAAGGGGAAGAAAUGGAGGCAGUGAGAGAUUUUACUUUCUUGGGCUCCAUGAUCACUGCAGAUGGUGACAGCAGUCACGAAAUUAAGACGCCUGCUUCGUGUGAGAAAGGCAAUGACAAACCUAGACAGCAUCUUAAAAAGCAGAGACAUCACCUUGCCAACAAAGGUCCGUAUAGUUAAAGCUAUGGUUUUCCCAGUAGUGAUGUAUGGAAGUGAGAGCUGGACCAUAAAGAAGGUUGAUCGCCGAAGAAUUGAUGCUUUUGAAUUAUGGUGCUGGAGGAGACUCUUGAGAGUCCCAUGGACUACAAGAAGAUCAAACCUCUCCAUUCUGAAGGAAAUCAGCCCUGAGUGCUCACUGGAAGGGCAGAUCGUGAAGCUGAGGCUCCAAUACUUUGGCCACCUCAUGAGAAGAGAAGACUCCCUGGAAAAGACCCUGAUGUUGGGAAAGAUGGAGGGCACAAGGAGAAGGCGACGGCAGAGGAUGAGAUGGUUGGACAGUGUUCUCGAAGCUACCAGCAUGAGUUUGACCAAACUGCAAGAGGCAGUGGAAGACAGGAGUGCCUGGCGUGCUCUGGUCCAGGGGGUCACGAAGAGUCGGACACGACUAAACGACUAAACAACAACAACAAAUGGCAGUAUUUAUACCCCACCCAUCUGGCUGGGUUUCCACAGCCACUCUGGGCGGCUCCCAACCGAAUAUUAAAAACACAAUACAGCAUUAAACAUCAAAACCUUCCCUAAACAGGGCUGCCUUCAGAUGUCGUUCAUUCAUUCAAUCCAGGGGUUGUCAACCUGGUCCCUAUUGCUCACUAGUGGGAGUUUCAGAAUUCUAGGUGGGUGGUAGGGGGUUCUAUGGCACAAGACUGGUGGGUGGUAAGGAAAUUUUACCAUCAAGAAAGAUGCAUUAGUGGGCGGUAGGUAUAAAAAGGUUGACUGCCCCUGAUUCAAUCAAUCAUUCCAGUCCACUAUCCUUCUUUCUGUCAAGGAACUGAGGGCAACAGAAAUAAUUAUUUCUUCAACAUCUUCACUUAAUUUAUCAUCACAACAGCCCUGUGAGGUUGGUCUGGUUAGGCUAGGCAUGGGCAAAUUUAACCCUGCAUAUGUUUUAGGACUACAACUCCCAUCAUCCCUAGCUAAAAGGACCAGUGGUCAGGGAUGAUGGGAAUUGUAGUCCCAAAACAUCUGGAGGGCCAGUACAGUGGUGCCUUGGUUCUCAGACUUAAUCCAUUCCGGAAGGUUAUUCUAAAACCAAAGCGUUCCAAAACCAAGGUGUGCUUUCCCAUAGAAAGUAAUGCAAAACGGAUUCAUCCGUUCAAGACUUUUAAAAACAGCCCCUAAAACAGCAAUUUAACAUGAAUUUUUCUGUCUAACGAGACCAUUGAUCCAUAAAAGGAAAGCAAUAAUCCAUGUUACUGUACUAUAAAAUAAAUAAAACAGUAUUGUAGAUGAUAAAAAUUAGAAUCAAAAAAAUUUCUGAUGAUAGUCGUUGUUUGGAUGGGGGGCUUUUAUCCAUUUCUGCAGUCACACAGUCAAUCAAUCAAUCAAUCAAUCAAUCAGUAGCUGAACUGGGAUCCACACAGUCACAAAAACAAAUUAACUGAAAAAACCUCAAAACAAAAAACGCAAAAUAAAUAGCAAAAACAAAAGCACCAAAUAUAAGCUCCAAAUAUCACCUCAGAACACUGCAAUUGGAAACGGAAGGCUUGAAUUACAAUGGGGGGGGGUGCAAAUUAACAGCGCAACAGGAAACACAGGGGGACACCUACUUCCAGUCUUGCAGUGUUCAGGUUCCAAGUUGUUCGUGAACUACGCUGUUUGAAAACCGAGGUACCAGUGUACCCUUCAGUGCCUCUCCCCAGCUUUUGCUCCCUGUUCUCUCUCACACUGAAUUUGCAAUGGAUGUAAAGUGUCGCAGUCGGAUGCAAGGGAAGCUGUUUCAUAGGAGUUCCAGCUUAAAACUGCCCUGUUUAACAAGUUGCUGUGCAUCAGGAAUUGUCUACAUUGCCGCUUGAACACGGAUCCUUUGGGUAGGCUGGAAAAUGCCAAUUUUUAAAAUUCAUGGCAGAAACCAGGGUGCAACCGGUGACAGGGCAAAACUCCCCCCAUCUUCUUUCUCAGUGCUGAGCCUUGGAUGGUGUGGCUUUGGUAAAUGUUCAGUGCAAAUCUCAGUUUACUCAUCACCCAACCACUGCUGUUUGCCUGUAACACAUUUGGGGACUGAGAGGCAGAACGCUUCCACAUAGGUUGUGAGCCCAGGCAUUCUCCCUCACACACAAUUUGCCAUACCCUCCAAUGUUUCUCUGAUGGAAACAGGGGUGUCCGUUGUCGUUACAUAGCACGCGCAUGUACAUCACGAUUCACGAUAUGUCUUCGGGACAGAAACUAUGGAACCGGUAUCACGAUUUCAAACUGCUUUGAGCGAUAGCUCAGUCAGUAGAGCAUGAGACUCUUAACCUCGGGGUUGUGAGUUUGAAUCUCACACUGGGGACUCGGCUACAUUGGCAAAGAAUAAAGCACUUUAUAUGCAUUGUUUGUGGCGCCAUGGGUUAAACCACAGAGCCUAGGACUUGCCGAUCAGAAGGUCGGCGGUUCGAAUCCCCGCAACGGGGUGAGCUCCCGUUGCUCGGUCCCUGCUCCUGCCAACCUAGCAGUUUGAAAGCACGUCAAAGUGCAAGUAGAUAAAUAGGUACCGCUCCGGCGGGAAGGUAAACGGUGUUUCUGUGUGCUGCUCUGGUUUGCCAGAAGCGGCUUAGUCAUGCUGGCCACAUGACCUGGAAGCUGUACGCCGGCUCCCUCGGCCAAUAAAGCGAGAUGAGCUCCUCAACCCCAGAGUCGGCCACAACUGGACCUAAUGGUCAGGGGUCCCUUUACCUUUAUGCAUUGUUUAUGCAUUCUAACAAUGUGACAACAGAUGGCGCUGUGGAGAUCCGUUCUUGCCAACCUGAUUUCUCGAAGUUUGCAAUUCAUUUAACUGGAACGCUUCUUGGAUGUGUCUAGAUCCAGUGUGGGCAAAAGAUUCCUGCGUUGCCGGGUUUCGAUUAGUUGACCCCCGUGGCCCCUUCCAACUCAACAAGUCUGUGAUUCUCCAAUAUACAGUGAUACCUUGUUCCUCAAACGCCUUGGUACUCAAACAACUUGGAACCCAAACACUGCAAACCCGGAAGUAAGUGCUCUGGUUUGCGGACUUUUAUCGGAAGCCGAACGUGCUUUGUUUUGAGUGUUACGCUUCCAAUUUGAGUGCCACACUUCAGUUUUGAGUGUUACGCUGAGUUCUCUCUGUUUUUGCUAUUUAUUUUGUGCUUUUGUUUUCGUGGCUCUUUCUUGUUUUGUUCUUGUGACUUUGUGGAACCCAGUUCAGCUACUGGUUGAUUGAUUGUGUGACUGAAGUACACUGUUUACCGUUUUCAUUUUAUGGACCAGUGGUCUCGUUAGAUAGUAAAAAUCAUGUUAAAUUCCUGUUUUAGGGGUUGUUUUUAAAAGUCUGGAACGGAUUAAUCCAUUUUGCAGUACUUUCUGUGGGAAAGCGCUCCUUGGUUUUGGAAUGCCUUGGUUUUGGAACUGACUUCUGGGACGGAUUAAGUUUGAGAACCAAGGCACAGUGGUACCUCUGGUUACGUACUUCAUUUGUUCCGGAGGUCCGUUCUUAACCUGAAACUGUUCUUAACCUGAAGCACCACUUUAGCUAAUGGGGCCUCCCGCUGCCGCACGAUUUCUGUUCUCAUCCUGAAGCAAAGUUCUUAAGCCGAGGUACUAUUUCUGGGUUAGCAGAGUCUGUAACCUGAAGCGUAUGUAACCCCACGUACCACUGUACUACUGUAUCAAUAUAUCGCCCAGCCCUACCGGGGAGCAUGUGCGCCAAAUUGGGGCUGAAAAUUGAGAGCCCGAAUUCUGCUACUGCUGACCUAUAGCCCUUUCCCAGAGUGAAGUCCCCUGAUUCAGGUGCCUCCCCCGGGGUGUCCCAGCAGGGGUGGGGUGCCAUCUGGGUCCCCCCUUCAGACUGCCCAAUCUCCUUUCUCCUUGUUUGCCCUGCUCUUGCGCAGCCUCUGAUCUGUCUGCCGCCUCUGAUCUCUGUAAAACUGUGACCCUGGAAAAGGCAAAAAUAAGAAUUAAAAACACCCUGCGCCUCACGGCAGGAAACCGCCGCUCUCUCGGCCAGGAGAUGAAAAGGCCUGUUUGUUUAUGGAGCCGUCCGCCCCAUUGAUGGGGAGGAGUCAGAGCACAAAGAUAUUGUGCAGGAGAAGCUCAUUUCACUUUCAAAACGGCUGCGUGGAAUUAUUUGCAUGCGUUUUGACUGUUGUGCCUCGCGUUGGGCCACCAAUCUGAGGGAGCCUGGUGGCAGGGGGAGGGAGCCUUCAACCUCCCCACACCCCGCCCCAUAUCUAAAGGGUGAUUCCUCCUUGCACCCAGCUCUGACUCUGCCAGCUUGCACCCUCCUCAACCCAAAAGAUGUAUCUCCUCUUUUUGCCGCCUCCGCCUCCAGCUGGAUAUUGGAAGCACAUGUUUGCACCGGGGUCUGUGUUUAAUUACUGGUGGAGACAGCAGUCUCUGCAGGUCCAAGACGGCUUAUUUCUUUUUUUGCAUCUUUGGGCUCCCGGGGACCAGAGUGGAGGGAUGGCUUGCCGCGUUGGAGGCAGGCUUGAAAUGAAUAAUUGGGCUUUUUCCGCAUCCUCUUUCUCUCAGCUGGUUGUCAUUUGGAGCAGCUUCUGUCAGUGCUGCUGCUGCCGCCGCCUCCUCCUCCUCCUCCUCCUUCUGUUUGCUUAUUCUUUUUAAAGCCCUAAAUGGCCUCAGUCCAGUAUACCUGAAGGAGCGUCCCCACCCCCAUCGUUCUGCCCGGACACUGAAGUCCAGAUCUGAGGGCCUUCUGGCGGUUCCCUCAUUGCGAAAAGUGAAGUUACAGAGAACCAGGCAGUUGUCUUUCUCCCAAGAGCAUCUCCCAGGUUUUUCCUUUCUCCCCUUUGCCACAACUACCGUAUUUUUCGCUCUAUAAGACACACCUAGUUUUUGGAAGAGGAAAACAAGAAAAAAAAUAUUCUGAAUCCCAGAAGCCAGGACAGCCAGCAGGAUCACAGCGCAGCUUAUGGGAUAGCCAGGCGCAGCCUCUCCCGGGCUGAAGGCACAUGCUCCAUGCGGCUCUUUAAAGGGAGCACUGAGCAGAGCCUCCCGCCUGCAUUCGCUCCAUAAGACGCACACACAUUUCCCCUUACUUUUUAGGAGGGGGAAAGUGCAUCUUAUAGAGCGAAAAGUACGGUAUCUGGUCAGUUGGCUCCAGUUGCCGAGCAGCAAAAUUGGCUUGUUCUCUGCUCAGCUAGCGGUACGUGGCGGCGGCCCACACCCAGAAACCAAACCACGCGGUUUUCAGUGGGACUCGAGUAAGCUGGACUCCCCCGCAAAGCGUGCGAGCAGUUAACUCGACCGGCUGUGCGAAGAGAGGAAGCAUUCAGAAGACUGAAACUGGAUCCAGUUGACUUUUCUGGAUCAGUCUGGAGCAGAGCUCUAAAAACAGAGGGAGUGGCUCUUUUUCACCCAGAGGGGCCACAUUAAUUCUGAGAUGGGGGGGCGUUGCAUGCCAAUGAUGGGUGAGGCCUGCGGCCAAAGUGGAUGGAGCGAUGAAUAUGACUCUUAGCCUUUGUACAGAACGCUGCAGCCGUACAAAGCCCAGAGGUGCUUGCGCAAUAGGGCGUGUUGAAUUUUUCAACCUUCCAGAAAUGAGGGGCGCUUAAAAGUUGUAACGCGACCAGGGAAUUUGAAAGAGACUUUGGUUAAAUUAAUACUGUUUGGUUUUGCUUGGUAAGUGAAACGCGCAUAAAAUUGCACAGAAAUCUUUAAAAAUGAUUGCAGUUAUAACAGACCCUCCAAGUGCCCCUAUUUUCCAGGGAUGAUCCCAGAUUUAAAGAAGCCGUCCCGGUUUCUGAUUUGAUCCCAAAAUGUUCCGCUUUUCCUUAGUCCCUAUUUUCAUCAGAAAUGUUGGAGGAUAAUGGAGUUAUGUGACCCCUGAGGCAAGGAGAUAAGUAACUACAACCAUUAGAAGACAUCUGAAGGGAACCCUGUAUAGGGAAGUUUUUUAACUUUUAAUUUUUUAUUACAUUUUUUAUAUAUGUUGGAAGCCGCCCAUAGUGGCUGGGGCAACCCUGUUAGAUGGGUGAGGUGGUAUUAUUAUUAUUAUUAUUAUUUUAUUGUUGCUGCUGCUGCUGUUGACUAAAAGGUAAAGGUAAAGGUGCCCCUGCCCGUACGGGCCAGUCGUGUCCGACUCUAGGGUUGUGCGCCCAUCUCACUUAAGAGGCCGGGGGCCAGCGCUGUCCGAAGACACUUCCAGGUCACGUGGCCAGCGUGACGAAGCUGCUCUGGCGAGCCAGCAUCAGCGCAGCACACAGAACACCGUUUACCUUCCCGCUAUAAAGCGGUACCUAUUUAUCUACUUGCACUUAAGAGUGCUUUCGAACUGCUAGGUGGGCAGGAGCUGGGACCGAAAGGCGCGAGCUCACCCCGCCGCGGGGAUUCAAACCGCCGACCAUGCGAUCGGCAAGCCCUAGGCGCUGAGGUUUUACCCACAGCGCCACCUGCGUCCCUAUUUUCACUGGAUAAAUGUUGGAGGGUAUGUUGUAAGCAUAGACUGACCAAGCUAAAUGUUGUGCAGUCACAAAAAUAAUAUUUGAAUUCCUUGCACCCAAAAACAUAUUUUUAAGACCCCCUCACUGGAGAAAUAUGCAAAAAACUAGUUCCAUCCCUUAAAAUGACACACCUUAUGUGCGUGCAACACCUCUUCAUCCAGGCAAGCAAGGAGCACUCAAGAGCAGGGCCAGGGAGAAAAAAUCCGGAGGGCCAGAUAGAGAAUUCCAGUGGGCCACAUUGGCCCCCACCCCUCAGCCUUAAGAUCCCCACCCCUUCUCUAAAACGAUCCCAGGAGUGUGAGCUUUGGGUGUGUAGGUUCCUUAGGGCACCAGGCAACUGGGAUUUUCUCCUUCCCUGGCAAUCUGCUUCUGCAAGUGGAUUCAAGAAUACCUUGGGAAUUCAUCUUCUGCAACUACAGGCCUCAAUCCUGCACCGCAGUUAGGCGUGUUGAUGCCCAUCAGAAUAAAUGGGUUUAAGUGUACGUAACUUGGUGGUUAGGCCAUGGGAAGGCCCAAUUGCCUUCUAAAUCCAGCCCGCGGACAGUCCGGGAAUCAGCCUCUUUUUACAUGAGUAGAAUGUGUCCUUUUAUUCAAAAUGCAUCUCUGGGUUAUUUGUGGGGCAGAGGAAUUUGAUCUUUUUCUUUCUUUCUUUCUUUCAAAAUAUAGCCCGGCCCCCCACAACGUCUGAGGGACAGUGGACCGGCCCCCUGCUGAAAAAGUUUACAGACCCCUGACUUAGGCUAUAAGUGUCCAGUUCUGGCCCUCUGCCUCCUUUGAUUUGAGUCCUUCAGUUAUCCCACUUCAUUUAUGGGCGAGUCACUUGUAUUGUAUCCAAACUCGAAGCAGCUUUUUCUGGCCCAGUAAGUGGGCCUAGACCUUUUCCGGAACAGAGAGCUAAAUCCUCAUCUCUGCUGCGAAACAGCGGCACGCUCUUCCCAAACCUGAAACAGCUCCAACGAGCUCACAUUGGAUAGGCUUGCAAAACUAUUGCGAGGAUCUUUGAGCCAACAGGCCGUGAUCUAAGCCUUGAGGUCAUUUUAAAGGUAAAGGGACCCCUGACCAUUAGGUCCAGUCGUGAACGACUCUGGGGUUGCGGCGCUCAUCUCGCUUUAUUGGCCGAGGGAGCCGGCGUACAGCUUCCGGGUCAUGUGGCCAGCAUGCCUAAGCCGCUUCUGGCGAACCAGAGCAGUGCAUGGAAAUGCCGUUUACCUUCCCGCCAGAGCGGUACCUAUUUAUCCGCUUGCACUUUGAUGUGCUUUCGAACUGCUAGGUUGGCAGGAGGUCAUUUUAGGCUGGUGUAAAACAGCGGCUUAGAGAGAGACACAUUUUGUGCUUACACGCAGGCUCUGGCUGGCGUGCGGAAAUGUUUGCAUCCCAUGCGAGAGCAGAUGUUUACUUUCAAGCACGAUCCCCAUUGCAUGUGUGGCUCUUUAAUAGAAACCUGCUGCCUCUGCCUCUUGGCUGCUCCCAGCAACGAUGUGGAGUUCAGCCGGGGAAAAAACGCCCAAAGGACGCAUAUGUUUGCAUGCUCGCGCAACUUGGAAAACUUCACAAGAGAUGGCGCAUUGUCGCUCCGUCCAACUGCUGCCGGGCGGCUUUGCCAAAAAGUCUUACGUUCCAAAUGCUCAAUGGGAACCGGAAUGUGGAUCUGCCGCCCACCUCUGAGUGGGUAGUGGGAUCUAUUUAUGCAAAAAGAUGUGCUUCUUUGGCCCUCUCCCCGGCUCCCAGCAUGCACUGGGUGGGCCGCUCCUCUCAAACACCCAACAAUGAGAGGGUCUGUUUGGGAUGAGCCGGACAAUUGAUUUCAUUUUUCCAAAUAAUGGGGCUUUUUGCAUAAAACAGGCUUUCUCUCUCAAGGACUUCUCGUUUCCCCCCAUGGCAUCGAGCCAUUUGGCUUUAAAAGCCUGCAAUGUUCAGGACGUGACUUGGAGCUUGCAUGCUUGAACAUCGGAAUUGGUGGUGGGUGUUAAGACCCUCUCUGUGCAGUUGCAGUCCCGGGCCAAGUAUCUGAAACAUUUGAACCAGGGCUGUUCCAAGAAAAGCCCCCUUAAAUAAUCUGGUUUAUGCUAAAGCUCUAGCAAUAGGCUCAUCUUUUGAUGGACACCAACUCCCAUCCGUCCCAGCCAGCGUGGCUAAUGAUCGGGGCUGAUGGGAGUUGUAGUCCACCUGGAGUGGGCAGAUUCCUUUUUACAGUGGUACCUCGGGUUACAUACGCUUCAGGUUACAUACACUUCAGGUCACAGACUCCGCUAACCCAGAAAUAGUGCUUCAGGUUAAGAACUUUGCUUCAGGAAGAGAACAGAAAUCGUGCUCCAGCGGCGCAGCAGCAGCAGGAGGCCCCAUUAGCUAAAGUGGUGCUUCAGGUUAAGAACAGUUUCGGGUUAAGAAUGGACCUCCGGAACGAAUUAAGUACUUAACCCGAGGUACCACUGUACAAGGUUAUGCAGUGUGCUUCAAAGCCAUAGAAAGGGGUGGCGACUAGAUCUGGCAACUAGGGGAGUUUUUAGUGUUUGAUAUUUUAUUAUGUUUCUUGCUUAUAUGCUGGAAGCUGCCCAGAGUGGCUGGGGCAACCUAGUCAGACGGGCAGAGUAAAAAUAAUAAAAUCGUGAUCAUGUGCAAACAGAUGUCAUUCAGCACCUGUUCCUCUGUGGCUUUUCCAUGGCUUCGAAACCGUGAAAUAGUUCUCCCGGUGCAGCCCUCUACCUUAUCCAAUCUUGGGUCUUGUGGCUUUUGUGUGUGUGUGUGUGAGAGAGAGAGAGGGGGGAGAGAGAGAGAGAGAGAGAGAGAGGGAACAUACUUUGAGGCAUGCCUUGACUAAUUGUGGUCUUUGUUUACCCCUUGCCAUCUCUUCCUUAGGGCUCCGGAUUCAAAUGGCGAUCUCUCAGCCAGUCACCCGAGCAGCACAGGUAAGUUCAUUUGUUCCUUUCCUCUAGGAGAAUUUAAGCGGAAUCAGCAAAUUCUGUUUGCUGGCUUUCUCUUAUCUCUCUCUGUGUGUGUAUCUCUUAAGUCAGACUAAGCAUGUAGCCUUGCGGUAUUUGUGAUUGCCCCGUGGACUCAACAGAAAGCACAUCCGAUCACAAUGGUGUGUCCAGACGGUCGUCUUCUUCCUUCCCUGCCUCCCCGCGCUCUCUAGUUCAUUUUUUCCGCUGCGGCUCCUUAAUCCCGGAUCACAGCUGCUGCCACACGUGCUGCCACCCUCCAGGGUAUUCCCAGCUCAGCGGAUGGUCUCUGGGGGUGUGAAUGGCCUUCGGGGAGGGGCUUUAAUGACAGGGCCUUCAUCCCUGCUUCUGAAUGAGCUGCUCUUUCACAAUAGCGACAAUGGCUUGACUGAUUUCUAAAAGGAGGCGGAUCAUCUGGGGAGUGUUUGACAUUCUCCCCCACCCCUGGGGUGCGCUUGAGAGGAACAGGGGUUAAUUCCCAAAACAUAGGCAAGGCAUUUGGCUUUCCCUGCAGGGUAGUCUUGAGAGUGACAUCUGCUUUAAUCUGCGGGUGCCUGGUCCUCUGAGGUCCUCUGCAGGCUCCUGGGGUUGCUCUGAGCAUAGGGCUCUAGGUGGAAUUCCGUUCUCUGUCCGUCCCUCUCAGUCCCAAGAUAAACUACUCAUAAUAAGUAGACUCCUGUGUCAUCUGAACCAUGGGUAGGUAAACUAAGGCCUGGGGGCCGGAUCCGGCCCAAUCGCCUUCUAAAUCCGGCCCACGGAUGGUCUGGGAAUCAGCGUGUUUUUACAUGAAUAGAAUGUGUCCUAUUAUUAUUAUUAUUAUUAAUAAUAAUAAUAAUAAUAAUUUAUACUCCACCCAUUUGGCUGGUCUUCCCCAGCCACUCUGGGCGGCUUCCAACAAAAUAUUAAAAUACAGUAAUGCAUCAAACAUUAAAAGUUUCCCUAAACACGGCUGCCUUCAGAUGUCUUCCAAAGGUCUGGUAUUUGUUUUUCUUUUUGACAUCUGGUGGGAGGCGUUCCACAGGGUGGAUGCCACUACUGAGAAGGCCCUCUGCCUGGUUCCCUGUAACUUGGCUUUUCGCAGUAAGGGAACCUCCAGAAGGCCCUCGGAGCUGGACCUCAGUGUCCGGGCAGAACGAUGGGGGUGGAGACGCUCCUUCAGAUAUACUGGACCGAGGUCGUUUAGGGCUUUAAAGGUCAGCACCAACACUUUGAAUUGUGCUCGGAAACGUACUGGGAACCAAUGUAGGUUCCUCUGGGUUAUUUGCAUCUCUGGGUUAUUUGUGGGGCCCGCCUGGUGUUUUUACAUGAGUAGAAUGUGUGCUUUUAUUUAAAAUGCAUCUCUGGGUUAUUUGUGGGGCAUAGGAAUUCAUUCAUUCCCCCCUCCCAAAAUAUAGUACGGCCCCUCACAAGGUCUGAGGGACAGUGGACCGGCCCCCUGCCUAAAAAGUUUGCUGACCCCUGCAAACUCCCCAACAGCUCAGUUGGUAGAGCAGGAGACUCUUAAUCUCAGGAUUGUGGGUUUGAGCCCCGCUUUUGGGUAAAAAGAUUGCUGCAGGGGUUGGACUAGAUGACCGCCGUGGUCCCUUCCAGCUCUAAAAUCCUGUGGUUCUAAGAUCCUGAAUGCAGUCCAAACUGCUAGUGACUGUGUUACUGUAGUGCAGAGUGGCUGACCGUAAGUGGCAACAACAAACUGUUGUGCAGAGUGGCUAACAGUAAGUGGCAACGACAAACCUAGACAGCAUCUUAAAAAGCAGAGACAUCACCUUGCCAACAAAGGCCCGUAUAGUUAAAGCUAUGGUUUUCCCAGUAGUGAUGUAGGAAGUGAGAGCUGGACCAUAAAGAAGGCUGAUCGCCGAAGAAUUGAUGCUUUUGAAUUCUGGUGCUGGAGGAGACUCUUGAGAGUCCCAUGGACUACAAGAAGAUCAAACCUCUCCAUUCUGAAGGAAAUCAGCCCUGAGUGCUCACUGGAAGGUCAGAUCGUGAAGCUGAGGCUCCAAUACUUUGGCCACCUCAUGAGAAGAGAAGACUCCCUGGAAAAGACCCUGAUGCUGGGAAAGAUGGAGGGCACAAGGAGAAGGGGACGACAGAGGACGAGAUGGUUGGACAGUGUUCUCGAAGCUACCAGCAAGAGUUUGACCAAACUGCGGGAGGCAGUGGAAGACAGGAGUGCCUGGCGUGCUCUGGUCCAGGGGGUCACGAAGAGUCGGACACGACUAAACGACUAAACAACAAGAAAAGCCUCGGAAAAAAGGGAUCAGCAGCCUCAUCUGUCCCAGGGACAGUCUACGGGAUAUCUAACAAUCCGGGAUAGCAGCAGGAAACGGUGCUGGAAUAAGGGAAUUUCCUGUAAAAAAAAAAGGGAAGGUUGACAUCUAUGGAAGGGGGACGGAUUGGAGCCGUGGCUCCCGAGAGGACGAGCUGCCCAGCUUUGCCAGCGCCCCAGCAAAGCGGCAUAGCUCCCCCCCUUCCCCCAACGACUCAGGGUACUUGGGAGUUGUGGGGGCGCAGAGGCGUAGGAAGGGGGGCAGACCAUCCCAGGUGUCAUUGCUGAGGGGGUGACAUUCGGCGCGCGCCCACGACUCCCAAGCCUACUCCAGCUGUCGUGGGAGGGGGGGUGGAAAAAAAAAUUCCGCACCGGGUACCACCUGGGUUUGCUAUGCCUCUGCAUGGAACAGCAGCUUUCACAGAAAAGGGAGAAUGUUGGUUCACAGAAGGGAACUUGCUCAGGCACAUCUAGAAGUGUAAAGAAACACCUUCCAGCGUGUUUAUUUCUGGGGCUGGUUUGGUGCUGAUUUAAUUUGUUAAUGAGGGGGAAAGAAAAUUCGAGAAAUCAGGUGUAGGCUGACUGGGUCCAGCUGCCUUGGAAUAGGCUGAAUCCGUCUCAUUAAACCAUCUUGUCAGGAGGAAGAAGACUCUUUUAUCUGUUGCACACCUGAGCAGGGAAGAUGCUUCAGGUCAAGUCAGUGAGGCGGCACGUUGUGUGAAACGAGUGCGUGCAACAAAUAUGCUGCCUUUCUGCGUCUGCACAUGGUUCAGGAAUCCAAGAGCAGCCCAAAGGCUCCAUCUUCCUUCCCUUUAAGCCGCAGCUAAAAUUGUUUUCAAGUUGAGGACGUCUGGUAAUUGUCAACUUCUUUCACUUCAUCCACAGAUCAUGGAAGUCAAACACCCUUCUUGGCAGCGUUCUCCAGCUGUUUUUGGACUACCGUUCCCAUCAUCCCUGACCACUGGUCUUGCUAGCUAGGGAUGAUGGGAGUUGUAGUCCAAAAAACAGCUGAAGACCCAAGAUUGGGAAACGCUGCUUCUUGGUAUCACUUGCGAAAGCGUCCUAGCCCCUUCAUCCGAACAUCACAGGGCAGUUUACAACAUAAAUGUGAAUAAUUUUCUCAAUUUGGCUCACCAGUGGGAAGUCAGCCCAAAUGUUAUUAUUUAAUUAGGAUUGUAUUGUAUUUGGCAACUUUUCUGCUGGACCUUGAAAAGGAUUGCACAACUUUGACAUCUUUAAAAAUCUUUAUUCAUGCAGUUUAAUAAAUAUCGCCAGUGACUCUCGCUCAGAACGUAUUCUGUUAAUAGAUGUUCAGUUGUACCACGGUUCACAAACGGAAUCCGUUCCAGAAGUCCAUUCGACUUCCGAAAAUGUUCAAAACCAAGGUGUGGCUUCCAAUUGGUUGCAGGAGCUUCCUGCAGCCGAUCAGAACCCACGUGGGAUGUUCAGGUUCCAAAGAAUGUUCGCAAACCGGAACACUCACUUCCGGGUUUGCGGUGUUGGGAGGCAAAACGUUCGACUCGCAAGGCGUUUGUCAACCAAGGUACGACUGUAUUCUCCUGUUACUCUACUCUUGUGUUGAACCUCUGUAAGCCAAAAAUACCCAUGAUUUGAAAGGUCAAGUUACUUUUUGUUUUUUAAAUCAUAACCAAAUAGUAAAUAUCUCCUUUGCAAAUGAGAAACUCCCAGAUGGGCGCAAAAAUUCAGAACGGCUGUGGCUUUGGGAACUAACAAUCCUGCUGGAGACUCAGAAGUCUGGCUCCUGCAAAAACUCAUACAGCACCAUUUUUCAAUGAGUUGCAUGGAAUUAAAAUUCAGCAAGCAGUUCCUCAAACUCUGGAGAGCCACACUUUCUCCACCCCUGGUGUACCUGUUCAUUAGGUAUUCCAAUUUGCCAUUACUGUUUGGUUCACCCGCCCCUUCUGUACUUAGGUUUCUGUUUUGAUUCCUGUGUCUACACCCACCCACAGUCAACUUUGCCCACUCUGAGCCCCUGCCUGGAUUUGUCAAAGCUGGAUUAUACAGAAGCCCACUCUCCUGUUUGUUUUGCCGGCUUAAAACUGGGGGGAGGGAGGGAGUGUAAGGCAUCAGAAGAUGUCCUAGUGCAAGGCAAAAACUUGGACCAGCUGCUUGACCAUAGAUCAGGAUUUCCCAAACUUGGAUCUCCAGCUGUUGUUGGACUACAACUCCUAUCAUCCCUAGCCAGCAGGAUCAGAGGUCAAGGAUGGAGGGAUUUGUAGUCCAAAAGCAGCUGGAGACCCAAGUUUGGUAAACCAUGCUGUGUAGAGUAUUGGGUUUUUUUGUUUGGGGAGGAAGUGUGCUCAGCACAUGCAGGCAGGCAAAUGAAGACAAAUCGCACACAGCUAUGGAAAAGAGAGUCUCUUGGCGUCCCCUGGGAAAUCUCAGCAGCUGACCCCCUUCCUCUUGUUCAUUCCAGGAAGGUGAUCACACUGGAGAAGGAAGAGGCUCAGGCCUUUGGCUUUGAGAUUCAGGUGAGUUCAAAGGGAAUCCCUUCCAUUCUGGCUCUUAACCCAGUGAGUCCAGAAUUCAACAAGGGUUCAGGUGUGUUGUGGGUUGCAACCCAUGAGCUUUGAGUACCAUUAAAAAAAAAGAUAUUUCUGGAUCUGAAGUUUUUUAAGCUGUUGAAUCUCAAGUAGCAAAAGGGCAAUUUCCAUCUUUAAAAUCAGUAAUUUGGUUUUGGGGGAGGGGGGUCUUUGAAUCGGGCUACUCAGGCAUUUCAUCAUGCUCUCAAUUUCCAAAAUCCACCUCUUCCUACUUGGGAAAUAGUAGUACCAAUUUUGGGGAGGGGUGGGAGCAGCAUUUGAAAUUCACCAGGUGCUUGGUCACUUGCGACCAAGUGAAGAUGCUUGAGAGCCAGGAUGAUGCCUGAUGAGGAUCCUUGGAUCUGGACCGUUUACACACACUAACAACACAUCCUGUAGAAUUCUGAUUUUUUUAUUUGCACAAUCAGAACGGAUUUAAGGAACCAAAAGGGUAACUGAAAAAUACAACUUUCAGUUCUCUUAGUUCAAUAAAGGUUCUUGAGGGGGUGGGGAAAUACAACUUUCUAGCCGUCUGGCACCCAAAUGGCAACUAAGGUAAAGGUAAAGGGACCCCUGACCAUUAGGUCCAGUCGUGACCGACCCUGGGGUUGCGGCGCUCAUCUCCCUUUACUGGCCAAGGGAGCCGGCGUACAGCUUCUGGGUCAUGUGGCCAGCAUGACUAAGCCGCUUCUGGCGAACCAGAGCAGCGCAUGGAAACGCUGGUUACCUUCCCGCUGGAGUGGUACCUAUUUAUCUACUUGCCCUUUGACGUGCUUUCGAACUGCUAGGUUGGCAGGAGCUGGGACCCCGUCGCGGGGAUUCGAACCACCGACUUUCUGAUCGGCAAGUCCUAGGCUCGUGGUUUAACCCACAGCGCCACCCGCGUCCCUAGAAUGGCAACUGGGCAUUCCUUUUUUGGUGACUGCAACGUUGGUUCAAAAAAACAUUUAGUGCCUAGCUUAUAUAUCUGAGUUUCUAACGCUGGGAAGGGGAGGUUUUGUCUUAUUGUUUGCAGUGUGUUCGUAUAUCCUGGAGCUGCUAGGAGGCAAUUGUUCUUUGUUUGUAUUUAUCGACCUUGCCAGAUAGCUCUCAAACUACAGUGGAACUUUGUGUGUGUGUGUAACAUCUUUAUUGAAAUUUCAAAAAUACAUAACUAUAUGUGCACUAAACAUGGUGAGACACAAACCAAAAGGAAAAACAUAAAAAGAGAAACAGAACCCGUGCAGGAGGGGAAACAAAGGGGGGAGGGGGGAACCAAAAACUGUAUAUUUUGCAAGGUUGUUGUACUUCACCAGUUCUUAACCUAUUACAGUAUAUUUGUAAAAGUGGAUUCUAAAUAUCAUUGAAUUUGUCCAUGGCAAGUCUGUGUUUAUAUGCAAGUUGUUCAUAUGUUGUGAAUUUGUCUUAAGUCUUCAAUCCAAUCAUAGAAGGGAGCCACAUUUUUAUUUUCCAAAUUCAUCAGGAUGGGUGUUUUUGCUCUGGUAAGGGCACGGAGAGUCCAUUCGUAUUGUCCUUUUGUAAGGUUCCAUGUGCUGGGUAUAUAAUUCAAGAGGAUAUUUUGUUCUGUAAAUGUAAGGUUGUUCCGUACAGUUCUGUUGAUGGUUUCAGUUACCCUCUGCCAAAAAUGUUUCAAUAUACGACAAUGAAAAAACAUACCGUAUUUUUCUCUCUAUAGGACGCACCCGACCAUAGGAGGCACCUUGUUUUAGAGGGGGAGAGCAAGGAAAAAAAUUUCUCCCCCUCUCUGCUCAGCGCCCCUUCAGCGAAGUGGCAGGAGAAACGGAGCCCCUUCCAUUUCUCCUCCUGCUUGGCUGAAGGGGCGCUGCGUAGCUCUCUCUCUCUGCUGAAGCCAGGAGAGUCUUGCUCUCCCGGCUUCAGCAAAAGGAACCUGAAGCCCCCGGAGCGAGGAGGGAGCGCUCCCUCUGCGCUUCGGAGGCUUCGCGUUGCUAUUGCUGAAGCCAAGGAGCCUGCAUUCGCUCCAUAAGACGCACACACAUUUCCCCUUAAUUUUUAGAGGGGAAAAAGUGCGUCCUAUAGAGCGAAAAAUACGGUACGUUUUAGAGAAGCAUUAUCCCUAUUGCAUCUCUAACAGUUAAGCUAUGGUGGAACUUGCACAUUGUUUGGGUGACUGCGGUCUGACCUCAUUUUAAAAACCAACCAACUCUUGUUUCCUCUGCUCCUUUCAGACCUACGGGCUCCACCACCAGAACACAAAACGGGUGGAGAUGUUCACCUUUGUAUGCCGUGUGCAUGAUGAUAGCCCGGCCCAGGUAGCUGGCCUGAAACCAGGUAAGAGAUGUCACGCUUUAGCAUCUUGAACCUAAUGGACUACUUGUGAGUUUUCACCCUUGUAAAAACUCACUUGCUUGCUUUCAAACGGGGUGGGCUGGAGAAACUAAGCAAAUACUGAUCAAAACCCUUAUCCGUGUGGUGUUUGAUCAAAAGUCAAUGUGUCUAGGUCAGGGGUAGGCAACCUAAGGCCCGGGGCCGGAUGCAGCCCAAUCGCCUUCUCAAUUCGGCCCGUGGAUGGUCUGGGAAUCAGCGUGUUUUUACAUGAGUCAGGGAAGUUUUUAAUAUUUAAUGCUGCGCUGUUUUUAACACUUGAUUGGGAGCCGCCCAGAGUGGCUGGGGAAACUCAGCCAGAUGGGCGGGGUAUAAAUAAUAAAUUAUUAGUAGUAGUAGUAGUAGAAUGAGUCCUUUUGCUUAAAAUGCAUCUCUGGGUUAUUUGUGGGGCAUAGGAAUUUGUUCAUAUUUUUUUUCCAAAAUAUAGUCCGGCCCCCCACAUGGUCUGAGGGAGGGUGGACCGGCCCCCUGCUGAAAAAGGUUGCUGACCCCUGCUCUAGGUAGCUUCUUGAGAAAUAAAUAGAAGGCAAGAAACCUGGCGUCCACUAGAAAUCUCAAUGCAUAUUCCAUAGCUCCUUUAUGUGGGGUGGGGCAUGUUUUUCCCCCUCCCCCAAAUUUCAGAAGUUUUGGCAGUUCUAGAUACGCUGCAGAAGUCCUAAUGCAGGGUUUCCCAAACUUGGGUCUCCACCUGUUUUUGGACCACAGUUCUCACCAUCCCUGAGCACUGUUCCUGCUAGCUAAGGAUGAUGGGAGUUGUAGUCCAAAAACAGCUGGGAAACCCAAGUUUGGGGAACGCUGGCUGGUGGGUCAAGGGCUGUGCCUGGUUUCAGGUUCUGGAGGGCCCUUGUGAUUUGCCUUUUCUCCCCACGCUCUGCAUUUCUGUCGAAGGCGCGGCAAUUCGCUUCUUGCAGGGGCAGGUUCAAAGCCGUCGGCAGCUCCAUAAGACAGGGCAACGCAUGUGACUUUCCCCUCUACAAUGAGCCCAGCUGCUCUUCUCCCCGGAGAGCUGAUGUUGUGUUCGCAGGGUCACGUUGGCAGCAGGUGGAGUGGCAAGCUCAGGUGCUUCGCAGGGCUGAGCUGUGCUAGCAUUGCUCCCUCUCCUUCCUUCCCGUUACUCCAAGGGUGUCUUUUACCCUUCUCUCUGCACUGCAGAUGAUUUUCAAAGGGCACAUACAUAGAUGCAGGGUUCUGUGUGUGUACAACCUUCCACAAAAGUGCUCUUGAAUGCGAUAGGUUAAAGGUAAAGGGACCCCUGGCCAUUAGGUCCAGUCGUGGCCGACUCUGGGGUUGCAGCACUCAUCUCGCUUUAUUGGCCGAGGGAGCCGGCAUACAGCUUCCGGGUCAUGUGGCCAGCAUGACUAAGCUGCUUCUGGCGAACCACAGCAGCGCACAGAAACGCCAUUUACAUUCCUGCUGGAGUGGUACCUAUUUCUCUACUUGCACUUUGACGUGCUUUCAAACUGCUAGGUUGGCAGGAGCAGGGACCAAGCAACGGGAGCAGCUACCAAAUCAAGAAUCUGUCCUCCAAUUUUUAUUAUUAUUUUAUUUUAAGAAGGUGGCAUUUCUGUAGCCCUGAAGAUGGCAGCAUGAUGUGUGAAAGUACCGUAUUUUUCUGUGUUAAAGAGGUUUUUAAAAAUUAAACUAUCAUAUUAAAAUGUGGGGCUCAUCUUAUACACGGAUAGUGCGUCUGGGGGACGUGUUAUAUGUUCCUUCCAGGACCCGGAGACCCUCCGCGGCGAUUGGGUGUGUUAUUGGUGGCUGUGGCAAGGGCUGGGCUUGAUUGGCUGUUGGUGCGGCAACUGGGCAGGCGAGGUGACAGUGGAUUGGUGGCAUUUGCGAUGACGCGUGCGAGUGGCAGUGUAGGUCACGCGGGCGAGCAAGCGAUUUUCCGCAAUCCCCCCUAAAAAAAAUAUCUCAGCAACUCUGGGCAUUUCCCAUUUUCUAAAUUUUUACUCCCCAAAAAUAGGGGGCGUCUUAUACACAGAAAAAUACGGUAUGUGGGCAGUGCCUGGUGAAAUCUGAAAUUGCAGCACCUCCCCCGUUGUCUUGGCUUAGGCGUCUCUGCUCUUUAACAAGGCUCCUUGGCCCAUGACUUAGUAGAGCAGAACAAAUUAAGCAAGAGAAGCAAUGGUGCCCAUUUGCAUAACUUCUACAGGUCACAAGCUUCUGUUUACAUCACCGAGUUUCCUGCCUUGGGGCACAAGCACAGCAGUAACCAACGGGGUGAUCGCUAGAUGCUAUUGGACUACAGCUCCCAUCAUCUUUGAUUGUUGGCCAUGCAGGCUACAGCUGAUGGGAUUUAUAAUCACAGAGUUCCAAUGGACUCCCAUGGGUCGUCCAUCCCCCAUCGUGGUCCCCCAUCCAGUUUGUAACCAGACCAGACCCUGCUUAGCCUUGCAAAAAGCGCUAGCAGUUAGCACGUACAGCCCAGCCCAGAUCCUCUAAUGCCAAAGGGAGCCAGGGGUUUCUUGUCCUUCCUUUUGCAGGCUUAGAAAAUGACAGCGGCCUCUCUGGCUUUUUGUUAACGCAGGGGAUACGAUCACAGGCGUGAACGGGCUCAAUGUGGAGGGGAUCCGACACCGUGAGAUUGUGGAGAUCAUCAAAGCGUCUGGGAACGUGCUCAGGUGAGUGUGUGGGAGAUUAUUUGGGGGGAAGGGCCAGCCGACCCAGAAGGCAUUGCUUGUCCACAGGGGUGGCAAAACUGUCCCUAACCAGCCGCCACUAAUCAGAUUCUUGUCCUGUCCAGGUUAGAGACCUUGUACGGCACUUCCAUCCGCAGGGCAGAGCUGGAAGCCCGUUUGCAGUACCUCAAGGUGAGUGAUGUUUCCGUGAAGAACACGCAGCAAAACGAACAAAGCAGCACGACGAGCUUGUUUUUAUUGAAAGAAGUUCAUCAAUGCAAACACCUGGCUUGUACAGCACAAUACAAAACAAAAUAGUGAAAAUACAGGGAGUGCAUGCAGCUGAAUGGUUUGACUAGGAUAAAGUUUGCAAGUUUUUAGAAAAACGUAGUACAGUGGUACCUUGGUUUACAAACGCUUCAGGUUACAGACUCCGCUAACCCGGAAGUAGUACCUCGGGUUAAGAACUUUACCUCAGGAUGAGAACAGAAAUUGCGCGGCGGCAGCGGGAGGCCUCAUUAGCUAAAGUGGUACCUCAGGUUAAGAACGGAGCUCCGGAACGAAUUAAGUUCAUAACCAGAGGUACCACUGUACUCAUCUUAGUCUCUUUUAAGGCCUACAGGAAACAAAACUGUUCCCUUGUUGGCUUACAUUCUGGUUUCCUAGUAAGGGGCUGGCAGCUGUCACCUGGCAAGAUGGGCUACAUCUUUCCUGCUGUCGUUCACCCCAGGAGGAAAGACAAAGCCCACCCUCUGGGUGUAGGCAACCGAGGGUGGGCUGCGUCUUUCCUCCAGGAUGAACGACCACCCCACGAGGAAAGUGGCAGCGUGCCCGCUCGGGCAAGGGCAGUCAAACGCAUAGAGCGUGACCCAGGCUCUGUGUAUUUGGCUACUGCUGUCCCCAGCAGAAUAAGUCUAAGAGAGCCCCCCAUCUUGCGCAAGACUUCUUCAGCUGGGAAGCACAAAGCCAGCAGCCGCGACUCACCUCACAGCCAAGCAGGAGCUGUUUAACGGAGCCCCCAUCCCACCGCUGGCAGGACAGAGGCUCCGUAAAACAGCUCGGCUGAGGCAAGGGCAGCCAAGUAGUUGAGGGAGGAACAAGCUAUUGUGUCUUGUUUCUCCCUCUGCACUGGUAUGAGGGGCAGACUGCGAUGGCGGUUUCACUCAGUAUAGCGCUGGCAAAACCGCUGCAGCUCCUGUUUCCCUCUAGCUCAGGGGUCAGCAAACUUUUUCAGCAGGAGGCCAGACUAUGUUUUUUUUGGGGGGGGGGAAUGAACGAAUUCCUAUGCCCCACAAAUAACCCAGAGAUGCAUUUUAAAUAAAAGGACACAUUCUACUCAUGUAAAAACACGCUGAUUCCCGGACCAUCUGCGGGCUGGAUUUAGAAGGCGAUUGGGCCAGAUCCGGCCCCCGGGCCUUAGUUUGCCUACCAAUGCGAGUCUAGCUUAUUUCUCCCUCAGCAUGCUGGAGGGAAUUGGCAACACUGGUGGUUUUACUAGCGGUAUACUGCCUAGAGAAACCACCAUCGCGGUCUGCCCCUCAUUACCAGUGCCGGGCGAUAUUUCACCCAGACCUAACAUAGCAGGCAUCUGUAGUUUGGUACUGAGAGGCACCCUCAUGGCUUUUCCUUUUAACUGCAGCCAGUUGGACCUCUUGCAUACAAUUCAGGGCCAGCAUGGUACCCGGCUGCGAAUUAGUAUUUUCCAGAAUCUUUUCUUGUGUCUUUCUUCUCAAAAAAGGGUUGCUGGGCCUUUGUGGCUGGAUAGAUGGAUCCAGCCAUGCCAUCCUCAAAGUGGGGGUGAAGCUCUGUAGCCGAUGUAUAACCUGCAAAUUAAAUGAGCAAGAAUCAGACCCGAAGAACCACUUUUAGACAAGAUUAAUCAAGCAGAUUUUGAAACACAAAUGAAUACUGGCCUCUCUCUCCAUUGCAGCAAACGCUCUAUGAAAAAUGGGGGGAGUAUCGGUCACUGAUGGUGCAGGAGCAGCGCUUGGUCCGUGGUGAGUGACAAAGAUACAUUUGCAUAAGCACACCUGGGCCAGUCUCCUCUGUUCUGGUACCCUCCAGAUAUUGUGCUACAACCCAUCACCCUGAACCGUUGGUGAUGCUGGCUGUGGCUGAGGGGAGUCCCAACAGCACUGGAAAGGUGUCAGGUCAAGGCUGAUCUAAACCAGUUUCCCAAUCUUGGGUCUCUAGCUGUUUUUGGACUACAGAUCCCAUCAUCCCUAGCUACCAGGGCCAGUGGUCAGGGAUGAUGGGAACAGUAGUCCAAAAGCAGAUGGAGACCCAAGAUUGGGAAACCCUGAGCUAAACCAUUUCACAUCUGCAAGGAGGAGAAAUGGCUGUUUUGAGUGCACACAAAAAGUGCGCACCGACCCCUCUCGCCCUCCAGGCUCCAGCAAAAGCAACGUGAAGCCUCCGGAGUGCGGAGGGAGCACUCCCUUUGGGCUUCGGAGGCUUCGCGUUGCUAUCACUGAAGCCAAGGAGCCUGCAUUCGCUCCAUAGGACGCACACACAUUUCCCCUUAAUUUUUCAGGGGAAAAAGUGUGUCCUAUAGAGCGAAAAAUACGGUACUUUCUCCCAUGCUCUCGUUAGUGGCUUUUGAAUGGACUGGGCUUUGAAAAAGUUCUUUGACUGUGAUGCACAUCUGUCAUGGAUGCUUCAGCUGAGACUCCUCCAUAGUCCCUUCCAACUCUGUGAUCUGCCCUAACUGUGUCUGGAGGCGGUUGGAGGAUGGAUGGUGGCUAACAGAUUGAGCUUGAAUCUUGACAAGGCAGAAGUAUUCUUUUGUGGGGGACAGGAAGUGGGCAGGUGUGGAGAACUCUCUGGUCCUGAAUGGGGUAACUGUGCCCCUGAAGGACCAGGUGCGCAGCCUGGGAGUCAUUUUGGACUCACAGGUGUCCGUGGAGGCACAGGUUAAUUCUGUGUCCAGGGCAGCUGUUUACCAGCUCCAUCUGGUACGCAGACCAAGACCCUAUCUGCCCGCAGACUCUCUCGCCAGAGUGGUGCAUGCUCUAGUUAUCUCUUGCUUGGACUACUGCAACACGCUCUACGUGGGCUACCUUUAAAGGCGACCCAGAAACUACAACUAAUCCAGAAUGCGGCAGCUAGACUGGUGACUAGGAGCGGCCGCUGAGACCACAUAACACCGGUCCUGAAAGACCUACAUUGGCUCCCAGUCCAUUUCUGAGCACAAUUCAAAGUGUUGGUGCUGACCUUUAAAGCCCUAAACGGCCUCGGCCCAGUAUACUUGAAGGAGCGUCUCCAACCCCAUCGUUCUACCCGGACACUGAGGUCCAGCGCCGAGGACCUUCUGGUGGUUCCCUCGCUGCGAGAAGCCAAGUUAUAGGGAACCAGGCAGAGGGCCUUCUCGGUAGUGGCGCCCACCCUGUGGAAUGCCCUCCCAUCAGAUGUCAAGGAAAUAAACAACUAUCUGACUUUUAGAAGACAUCUGAAGGCAGCCCUGUUUAGGGAAGCUUUUAAUGUUUGAAGGAUUAUUGUAUUUUAAUAUUCUGUUGGAAGCCGCCCAGAGUGGCUGGGGAAACCCAGCCAGAUGGACGGGGUAUAAAUAAUAAAUUAUUAUUAUUAUUAUUAUUAACUGGAACCCUUCUUCCCUGCUAGGGAUCGUGGUUAAAGACCCCAGCAUCUAUGACACCCUGGAAUCUGUGCGUUCCUGCCUGUACGGAACUAGGCUGGCCGGAGGCCCUGCUGCCCCUUUUGGGGUGCUGUUGCCAGGAUCGGGGAGCACCUACAGCAGCGUGGGCUGCGUCAGCACCGCCACGGACGAGAGCGAGGAUUCAGUCUACCAGACCUGCUUCUUUGACUCUGCCGACUCCCUGGACAUUGUCCCCGCAGCUGCCCAGCCCUCGCGCCCGCGCCCAACGCUCACCCGCAGCGCCAGCGUCAAAUGCACAAGCAGCAGCAGCAAUGGAGUCACACGGUUCUGGGACAGAUCAUGCGACCAAAAGAACUCCGCAGCCGCCCCAAGGCCCCGGAAGAGCAAACCGGGGAGCUUCCGCAAGAGACUGCUCAAAUUUAUCCCCGGGCUGAACCGUUCCCUGGAAGAAGAAGAGAGCCAGUUGUAAAAGGCGAUAGCGUCGCGCAAGGGCAUUUUUUUUUGGUGGGGUGGAGUGGGGUGGCCGGCAGUCUCAGCUUUUAUAAAGUUGGCUAAUUUAUUUAUUUAUUUAUUCGACCAGCAAAGUGGAUUCAAGCACCCCACCGGGUUAGUUCUCGGUGGAUUCGAGGCUUCCAAUAAGAUCCCAAGCACCAGCAAUUGUUAGGCUGUGCUUCUCGGGAUCCAGAUCGUCGUACAGAUCUGGUCACGAACCUCGAGGAGAGAAGCAAUGGGGGUGGGGGGGAUUAGCUCGGAAGGAAACGCGCCAAAUUGUAAAGCCAAAGACGCAUGAGUGAUCUGGUAUUCUUUGUUCCGUGGAAGGAUUGUGGGUUUUUUUUUUUAAGAAUUAGAUUCUUCCACGGAGCAGGGUCAACCGAAUCUGUGAAUGCUACUCAGUUUGUUCCUUGCUCUAUUGAAAGGGUUAGGUCAGGUUUCCCGAACUUGGGUCUCUAGCUCUUUGGGGAACUACAAAUCCCAUCGUCCUGCUAGCUACGGAUAAUGGGAACUGUAGUCCAAGAACAGCAGGAGGCACAAAUUUGAGAAAACCUGUGAUUCCAGGAAGGGGGGGUGGAACUGGGAAAUGGAGUGCUCCCUCCAGCUCCCCAACCAACCAAGGAUUAAAGGUGUGGGGGAGACAACACAACAACUUAUUGAGAGUUCAGGGUGGCCUGCAGACUGUGGGCUUUGAUUUAGGACCGGGAAGAUGUAUUAGCGGAAACGGCAUGUUGACCCUAGGGCAUGAAGUAGCAUUUGAGGUAAAUAUAAAAGGUAGAGUUAGAGGAGAGCCCAGACCUGGGAUAAUAAUGGCUUUUGGUGGGGAGGGGCUUUAAAAAAACUGCAGUAUGUGGUGUUUGGUGGCAGACCUUGAACCAAGGGAAGAGCUUAGGCCCAGGGUCCUUCAGCAUUAAGUCUCCACAUCCCUGUGAUAUCUGUCAGUGUUGGAGAAAUACCAAAUUAAAUUAGGUAGGCCCCCCAACCAUCUGUGGCAGCAAAUAUCUUGUCACGUACUGCAAUGGCUUUUCUAAUAUCGAAAAUCUGGCAGCAACGUAUGGGAAUCCCUCUUCCCACCCCACCCUGGAGUUCUGUGCAAUUGUGGUUUUUCUUUUGAGCUGCUGAUCUCUCUCUUUAAUCUCAGAGGAGGCCUCUUCCACCAGCCACAUCCUGCCUGUCUCGUCACCUCAGGAGGCCGGAUUCCUCCUCCAGUACUUUAAAAAAGAAGAAGCUGAUGCUUUUAUACUUUUUGUCUCAAUAUUUUAUACAGUGGCUUUUUAAAGGAGGCGAAGGGCUACUACGGCAAAGGGCUACGACGUUUGUUGUUUUGUGUUCUCCCUGUCAGCCACGUUAAAGGCUUUCUCUAGCUACCAGGAAAUAAGAGCAAAACGUCUGCUGAGGAACCCCAGUUUGGGGGUUUGUUUCGGUUUUAGGCUCCAUCUCCUCAGAGCCUUUAAGAGGAUCCCUGUCGCUUGCCCUUCUGAACUACUGGGUCCCUGAGAAAUGGAAGCCAGGCAGAGUGAAUGUCUUAACAGGGUGGCAUUAUUCCUGUAAAAGCUUUACUUCUCGUUCAAAGCAAUGUUCUGGUUAUAAAAGCAAUCAAAAAGGGAACUUUCUUCUUCUUUUUUUGCAACUCUAGCUCAACCUUAUCUGAGGAAGUAGCUGCAGGAAGGGGGAGGCGGGUGACACGGCGUAAAAGAACAGGCAAAGUUGCAUAUUUGUAUCUCAAAAAGAGAUGCCAAACCUUUAAGCUAGGACAGGCGAUUGCUGUUACUGAGUACACCCAAUACAUGCAAAAAAAGUGACCCAAGUAAAGGGGAGUGAGCUCUUUUUGGACAAACAUGCACCCAUGGUUUCAGGUGUUAACUUGUUCUCUUUUGAUAAAACAUAGUAAAGACUUUUUGCAAUCAA